UGCUCCGCGGCAGGGCCCGCGCGAGUCUCCGCGCUCGGUCGCCUCCCCUUCGGCCCCUCCCCCCAUUGCCGUGGUCUGGCAGCGCCUGGCCGGCGGCCCGCGGGCGGGCCGCCCUACCCGUUGUAGCCCACCCCCCUCUUAAAGCGGCGGCGGGAAGAUGAGGUUCCGGGAGCCGCUCCUGGGCGGCAGCGCCGCGAUGCCCGGCGCAUCCCUGCAGCGGGCCUGCCGCCUGCUCGUGGCCGUCUGCGCGCUGCACCUUGGCGUCACUCUUGUCUACUACCUGGCCGGCCGCGACCUGAGCCGCCUGCCCUACCUGGUCGGAGUCCCCACACCACUACAGGGCGGCUCGAACGGCGCCCCCGCCAUCAGGCAGUCCUCCGGGGAGCUCGGGCCGCGAGUGGCAGCCCCGCCGCCGCCGUCUUUGGACGCCUCCGAGCCGCGUCCGGGUGGCGAUUCCAGCCCAGUCGCGGACUCUCGCCCGGGCCCCGCGAGCAACUUGACGUCGGCCCCAGUGUCCCCCAUCACAGCACUGUCGCUGCCCGCUUGCCCUGAGGAGUCCCCGCUGCUCGUCGGCCCCAUGCUGAUCGAGUUUAACGUGCCUGUGGACUUGACACUUCUGGCGAAACAGAACCCUGAGGUGAAGGUGGGAGGUCGCCACGCCCCCAAGGACUGCAUCUCUCCUCACAAGGUGGCCAUCAUUAUUCCGUUCCGAAACCGGCAGGAACACCUAAAGUACUGGCUGUAUUACUUGCACCCAAUCCUGCAACGUCAGCAGUUGGACUACGGCGUCUAUGUUAUCAACCAGGCCGGAGACUCCAUGUUCAAUCGUGCGAAGCUCCUCAAUAUUGGCUUUCGCGAGGCCUUGAAGGAUUAUGACUACAACUGCUUCGUGUUUAGUGACGUGGACCUCAUUCCAAUGGACGACCGUAACACCUACAGGUGUUUUUCACAGCCACGGCACAUUUCCGUAGCAAUGGAUAAGUUUGGAUUUAGCCUGCCGUAUGUUCAGUAUUUUGGAGGUGUCUCUGCUCUAAGUAAACAACAGUUUCUCACCAUCAAUGGAUUUCCUAAUAAUUAUUGGGGCUGGGGAGGUGAAGAUGAUGAUAUUUUUAACAGGUUGGUUUUUAAAGGCAUGUCUAUAUCUCGCCCAAAUGCUGUGGUUGGGAAGUGUCGGAUGAUUCGCCACUCAAGAGACAAGAAAAAUGAACCCAAUCCUCAGAGGUUUGACCGAAUUGCACACACGAAGGAGACAAUGCUCUCUGAUGGUUUGAACUCACUCACCUACAAGGUGUUGGACGUAGAGAGAAACCCGUUAUAUACCAAAAUAACAGUGGACGUCGGGACACCAAGCUAGCAUUUUGGUGCACUGAUAAGAGACCUAAAAAUGGCCAGGGACCUCUGCUGUGUCUCUGCCACUGUGCUGGGCUGGUCCCUCUCAUUCUCACCAACCAGAGUGAUAGCCCCCUCCACCCAUCACUCACAUGCCUUUCCAGGUGACCAGAAAGAGUGGGAUAUUUUGCCCCCAACUUGGCUAGGCAUAUGAUUCCUUAGCUCUAUGAGGUGUUUGUAAGUGUAGAAACUGUCAGCCUUUGGGGGGUUCUCAGCAUGUUCACAGUGUCACCCCAAAGAAUCUGAGCUGUAUACAGCCCCAAAUUUGCUGACUGUGGGACUUGUUCCCAGCGAUAAACUGCUAAUUUGUUGUGAAAUAGGUAAGAAUUUUGCUUUAAAUCGUGUAUUGUUAUUUUCUGAAAAAUUGGAGAGUGCUGCUGAAAUUGGAUUGGUAUGAUGUUUUUUGGUUGUCAUAUUUUAACGGAAAAAAACACAGUUUAACCAUUCUCAUUUUACCUCCUCCCCCACCCUCUACUAGUGGUAUACAACUAUUGCAAUCACUGUGUAUGUGUCUUUUCUUAGCAAAAACAUUUUAAAACUUGAGCCCUGGACCUUUUGCCCUGCUAACGUGUGAAUUCCAAGGUAACGUUAGCCACCAGAGCAAAAAACCUUGGGCAUUCUCACAUUCAGUGGCCUUUCUCCAGAUUGUCUGAUUUCUGAAUGUAAAACUUUUUAAACAUAGCAGUUUGUAGUAUUUUAAAGACCAAAUGGGAUUCUGAUUCUGAUCUAGCUUGAUUUUGUGUUGAUCCAGAUUUGCAUAGCUGUUGAGUGUUAAAUCAUGGCAAUUUAUUUUUCUGAACAUGCUAUGUGAACUUGAAUUUCCUAUGUAUUUUUAUUGUGGUGUUUUAAAUGUGGGAAGGGAACUGAGCAUUUUUUUAGGGAAAAAAAAUGAUGCUGUAGUGGCCACGACUAGGUCUCUGAUUUAGCUGGCAGGCUAGGUUUUGCCAAGAGCAAAAUCACCAUUGGGCCCUUUGAUGAGAACAAGGCCUCCCGGUCAGUGUUAUCCUGUCUCCUGUCGUACCUCUCACCUCUGCAGGGAGGUGGAAGCCGUGGCCUGCCAGUUAGAGCUCCCUGCCUCCUCCGUGCCUUCCUCUCGCCUCCUCCCACUCUGUCCCCAUCCUCGCCUUCCCCAGGCUGGCUGGGUGGAGAUAACACCACCUCCUUGGUCUGACCCCUCCCGCCCCCCACCUCCCAUUCGGGCCCUAGGCUGUGGAGUUGUGAAUGACAGCAAUCAGGUUGUUUAUUGGCCCUUAGCCUUGGGAGGUGGAAGGAACCUCAGUUCUGGCCCCCAUGGAGUCUGGGGUCUGCUUCCCUAGUAGGUUCUGCCUGGCCCACCUUGUAGGACCAGUUCUCCUUCUUCCACCCCCUUUUUCCCUCCCCCUUUUUGUUCCUUUGUCUCUUGCCUGUUCCCUAAAACUUGCCUGUGGCACUCAGGGUCAAACAGACUAUUCAUUCUCCAGCAUGAAUGUGCCUUUUAAUUAGAGAUCUAGAAAGAAGUUCAGCUGAACCCACCCACACUCCCCAACAACCACUCUGGUGCCUAAAGCCUCCCCUUUGCCCUCAGGUUUUUAGCAGGUGCCUUCCGCUCCAGGGAGGCUGACCCCAGGGGCUGUCCUCCCCAAACCCACCUCUGCUGGGAGAGGCUUAGCCUGUCUGGGGUGAGAUGCAUGAGGCAGUUUCUAAAUACAACUGGGGGCCCUUGCUGGGUCCAGCCUGGGCUAAGAGCAUGAGAUGCAGCUGUCUAAUCCCAGAGUGGACCUUUUAGCUGGUGGCAGCUUGGACCCUAUCACUGACCUCCUGGGAAGCAGCCCUCAGCGUGGAGGUUGCAUCUGGCCCCGGUCUUAUCUGUGCCUUUAUUGCUUUGAGCAUCUUGUAUGCUAACUUGGUUCUUUUUCUGAAGCCUUUGUAUUAAAAUUUAUUUUUCACUGCAGAAGCAGUUGGGCUAUGCAAAGAGUAUUCCUUCUGUCAGCUCCUCACUCCUUAAUAGUGAUGUUCGUAAAACUAAGAACAACUUAGAGGGAGUUUUGGGAAAUGCAAAGAAUUCUGUCCCCAAGCCUCUCUUUCUGAUCCCAGAUCCUGACUUUUCCAAAGUGCCUUAAAAGAAAGGAGACAAAUUCCCUGGGUGGUAAUUUCUUUGUUACCUUACUCUUAAAAAAAAAAUUCAGAUUUUUUUUUCUGUGUUGUUUUCCUGUUAUAUUUUCCUUCAUGUUGCAUUGGAAUAGUCACAUAUGUGGUUCAUUCUGAGAACCAAGGGAAAUCCUGUGUCACCCGUUCCUCAUUUGCUGACCUUCUGGUGCUCCCAAUGUUAGGCCUGGACGCUUGCCUGGUUUGAGAUGCUGUGGGUCCCUCAGGGCUGAGGGUUCAGGGAGCAUUUCCUUUACCCGGAAGUUGUCACCAUGGAGUUGUCAUGUGCUGUGCCUUUCUCUGUUUCAAUCCUUCCUGUUGCUGGUGGCCCUGUAAAGUGGCCUUUGGCAAAGAUCAGAGAGCAGAGGUGACACAGGAGGGUAAAGGAAAUUCUGGUGCUGGCUCUCAGCCUGGGCAGUCUCUGCUGACCUCAGGGCUGGCCAAGGGGUGCCCCACACAGCCAGGACAGCACCUUUCCUGCCCUAGAGACCUGUUGUGCUGUGUAUUUUGAUUCCGUGUGUGUGCAAAUGUAUGUAUUUACUAUUGUAAGUGGGAGGGGGGAAUGUCUGACUUUGGUGUUCAAAACAGAACUGUAUUUUUGCCUUUAAAAUCCAGUAAUAUAACGUGAAUAAAUGAUCCUAUCUUUGUAA